GGUCUUGUUCUGGCAGCACUAGCUUUGGGGAUUUUUUGUAUUUUUUACACGGCAAUUGUGCGGCUACUGCAUUUCUGGAAGUCUCGUAAACAAACGGAUAUUAUUCCAGAAGGUCUUUCUAGGCAAAUUUCCACUUUUCGACAACAAAGCCUAGGUCUGAUUGCUCCUCCGCAGGCAACUGGACGGCCUUCAUCGUUUGGAGUUUACCUGGGCACAUUCAACGACCCACCAACAGAAUCGCAAUUAAGACUUUUAACACAACAGGAUCUUUUAAUAGUAGAUCCAUUUGCUCAAGGAGUCUCAGGUGCUAUUUCUUUGACAGAAGGUGUUCGUUUUUUGGGACGGAUAGAUUUGGGAAAUCUUGGCAUUUCCGAAAAUUGCCCAUCUGCGAUGAUUAGCUGCAUCACAGCAGCUAUAGCCAGUGGAUUUCGCAGCACUAGGUUUACUGGUAUUCUUCUUGCUACAUUGGAGAUCAUAAAGAAUAGACCGCUAUUACAUGGAUUAGUUCAUGCCAUUGCAGACCUCGGCUUGGAUGUAUACCUGGAAUGUUCGCCGCCACUGUUUCUUGAAAAUCAAAAGCUAUUGCAAGAUGUUUGCGUUUCUGGGCUGGUUAUCAGAAAUGCUAGCACUCUAUCCAAUGGAGAUAAGCGCGAUUACUUCCAGUUAGCGCCUUUACAAAGCACCAUAAAAGCAUUUGUGGGAGAAUCAUGCCUAAGGGAUUUUAUUGUGAUGGCGUGGGAGACGGUCGAAAAUGAUACAGUCUUGUCCAAUGCUGUUAUCCGAAGAGCACUUCAGUGGUGCAACUUCUAUAGUGUUAUUACAUGGAUUGGUCCGGAAAGAGCUCUAACAGAUGCUGAUGCCAACACUCCUACGGUGGAACCCCUGUCAGCAUUUAGUUGGCUGAAAGAGGCUGAAAUCAUGUCUGUUCAUCAGGAAUGGAAAUCUAACGCCAAAUUGAACGUGAAAGCGCGUCAUUAUCCCGAAUAUGAUGAGUUGACCAUUUUGUUUCCACAAAUCGAAAGUCUUUUACAAACAAAGGAAUACCCUCUAGAAAAUACCAGCCUCCUCUCGGCACUAGUGCAUCCGCCACAAUUCCCUCAGGGGAUACGAGCACCAGGCGAUGCGUUAUCCGUGUCCCCACAGGGAGCUCAAUACACUCGAUUGGGUUGUUUUCCUCUAGGCUGUGACGUGACAGUCGCAGCCUUUCACGAGAUUGUAAAAUCGCAACAACAGUUACAUCGCUUGGAUUUGUUGCAUCCUGUGCCCUCAGACAAUAUCAAGAACGCUUGCAUUUUGUUGGGCAAUUUUAAAAACCAACAUUUGUUAAAGUCCCAGAACCAAUCUCCUGCUGUCUUGACAGCAAUCGAAGAGUUUUUGGACCUGUCUUCAAAUGGACAGGUGAGAAUUAACCUUGGUCUUGACUCUGGCUUUCGCAGAGAUAAUGAGAACCGAUUUUGGGCUGUCUAUGCUACAGAAUCUGAAUUUAUUGACAUAUAUGUGUCAAAAAAUGCUCCUGGGCUUAUUGGCACAGUUCUACACACAUUUCUAUCUUUCAAAGGUCUGUCUCGUAGCAUUUGCUUUGAGAUAGAAGCCGUUUUCUGCGAGUGGUCAAAGGACCUUGGAGGUAUAAUCGGUCUCCCACGCCGCCUAGAAGUUGAUAUAGAGAGUCUUAGCCCUUCAGAAAGCCUCCAAUAUGCUCGGCAUUUAUCACUUGUGGGUGAAUCUUCCGAUGUGGCCAUGAAAAUAUGCACUUGUAUUAAACGCAGCCUCAUUGAAGUACCGACAAAUUCUCAGCUCAAGAAGCUUAAUACGUCAGGUUACCUCAGUGGAGAGAUCACAGUCGAGGAGCUAAUUGAAUCCCGAAUUGCCUGGUAUCGAAUUCAGCGAUGUGAACAUCCUUCCUUGGGACAGUCAACUUUACUUUUCCUGGCCUUGGACCAAAACUUGUCAGAAAUUCUGAAGACUCGUCGUGAGAAUGAUUUGGCAAAUCUUGGUGCAAUCAUGAAAGGAUUGUUUCGUCAAGGUACUAUCGAUGCAUUUGCAGAUAUGAUUUUCUUAUCCAUUUUUUGUGCUGUACGGAAAUACGCAUUUGAUGAGAUAUAUGUUGAUGUCACUGAUCGCAAUCCGCUUUUCAACACCCAGAGUGACCAAGCUGCGGCUUUUGCCGAAUCAUUUGCCCUUGGCUCGCGAUGCGAAGCCUAUUUCGAUAUGUCUCCAAGUGCUUUUGGUACGCUUCUUUCAGAUCGCUUUCGCGCCUAUUACGAAAAGCACCCCCCACCCCUCUGGGUCAAUGGGGCUCCUGAGCUGGCGACUUCGUAUGCUGGAGCACAGAUUGACGUCGACCCUGAUGACAAUGUGAAACGCUUGCCUGUAUAUCAGCAAGUUACUUUUAUGAGCGUCUUUGCAAUUCCUGCUUUGAUAGAUAUUCUCUUGUUGACUUUCAUUGGUCGAGGUAUCUAUUUAUCUGAUACAAUGUCUAGCGAGGACCUGAAGAUGGCGACUACUGCCCUAAUGAUCUCUCUCCUACUAUCGGGGGCAAUCGGCACCUGGAUCUCCAUUGGAGGCACAUACUAUCUCAUCUCGAUGGCAUUUUCUGCAAUGAAUAUGUUUGUCCUUACACGACUUGUUGCGGGAUUGGCAUUUACAUUUCUCGCUGGGUUGGUGGGGUUUAUCACUAUAUCUUGCGUCCAGGGUCCACGAGAAGCAGUGAUAUUCUUUCUUUACUUGUUUGCCCUCACGGCAUACUUAUCACUGUUUGCCACGCUUGCUUGUUUUACUUAUCCCGGCACCUCAUUUCUUUCGGGAAGAAAAGUUAUCUUACUAUGCUUGCCGACGCUUUUUUUAUCCCCGAUAAUAACAACUUUUGUGGGCUACGAUGCAUUAGUUUACCUUAUUGUAUUAUUUUGUUUCAUAGGACUUCUUUUCGUCGGUGUCAGAUCUACUGCUGCAAAUUGGGUCACAUGGUAUCAAAAUAUCCGCAUCACAAACGACAGUGAAAUUAGAGAAUGGUACAUAUCGGAAUUUGCCAGUGAUUACCAGGGAGGGUUGAAGAAACUUAGUGACCCAGCUGUCUUGAAACUUGCUCGGGAAAUUCUGCUGCGCUCGGUCAUUGCUGAGAAAAAGAGAAGUGUUUUCUCCCAGUCGAAAUCAGUGAGCUUAGUUCGGGAGCUCGCUAGAGACUGGGACUCCACAAUCUUUUUGAUUAAUUGGUACUGCCGUUAUGCUGAUGUGGCUCGUCCUAUCCCAUUCAGUUCAGGGUGGAAUAUUCAGUGCAAGGUGGCACUGGAUACCAUACGCAAUGCACAAAAAGGCAUCCGUUUGCAUAACGCAUUUAACUUGUGGAGACAGGCAGGACAAGAAAUUGGAUGUGGAAUUCUCUAUUUUGUCAUAGCCUUGCUUGACAAGUGGGUUGACCUUCUGUGCGGUGGCCAGUUAGUUGGUCUUGCAGCCGGACCUCAUAAUGAAGCUCGUGUUGCAAUCGGCCUUGGACUUGCAUAUUACUUGAUUGGAGCUGUAAUCAUUGAUAUUAAGGCACAACACCUACACUCACGCCUUGAAAAGACGUCUGAUGCUAUUAGAUCUGUGGACGAAAUUAGACUCCGCCAGAAAGACGAGGUGAAAAUAAAGCGAUGGGCAUAUUGGGUGACACUUGUCAAGUUUUUCACUUGGCAUAUAUGGACAGUGGCUCUCACAGGGUCUCUUGUCUGGUGGUUUGGGGACUCGUUAGAAUCCGUGAUCAUGUACUGCGCUUAUGUCUUUUCAUAUACGGGGCUUUUAUGGUACCAGUAUACGAAGAUAUUUGCUGGGGGAUACGUUUUGAUGCCGCUCUUGAUUUCCAUUACCAUCGGACUUCCGGUAGGAAUUUCUCUCCGAAUUUUACUUCCGAAAUUUGCUUUUUCAAGCGUCAUCGGCCUCGCUGCAGCAACUUGGUCUGCGGCUCUUCUCUCAUUGUGGAUUGCGAAGAUACGAAUGCCGAGAAAGACCCAAAUGCCUGCACACUCUAAUCGAGCUUUUCAUGCAUACUUUACUCCUUGGUCAGAUUGUGAAUGGUCUCAAGAAGAGCUACAAUCAUUCUUUGAGGUUAUAAAUGCUACUCCUCAGAGCUCGCGACUGCUUCUAAACCCACAUUUCAGCCCUGGAUCUGACAUAAAGCUAUUCUUACAACUACAACAACCCGACGAUAGAUUUAUGAAGGCCUUUCCAACAUACGGGGAACUUGUUAAGAAUGUCGUGGCGGCCUGGGAAAGUGAACGGAUAUCGAUAGAGCUUGUCUUCCGCCAUGAAAUUGGCCCGGGGAUUGCAGCGCUGAGUUGCACUGAAAAUGGCCAUUUACACAUUAUAAUCGCCACAGAUCGAGGAAUAAGUUGUUAUCCGGGGCUUCAAGGUCCUAUACAGAUAAUUGCCGAAACUUUGAUCCAUGCGGGAGCUGAAUCGUUUCUCAAGAUUCCCCACGAAUACGCUCUGUUUGCAGAGUCAUUUGUUCGUACCAGUGUUUCAGAGACAUUAUCACGUCAGCUGAGACAUGAGCCUGACAAAACAUCUAUUAUCAAGUGGGCUAAUAAUGAAAUUAUCAAGCAGUUGUGUCUUGGCUUUAAUCCUGAUAUUCAUUGGGAUAAACUGUCGAAUGAAAUACGAGUGGCAUUACUUGAGCGAUGUCUCGAAAAAGAGAGUACACUUUCAUUCGAGCAAUGGAGGUGGCUCGAGAAGAAUCUUUGUCAGUUCGACACUCCAGAUCUCAAUGUCCAUAUUGCUAGAUGCAAUCUUUCUUGUAAUGUGAUGAUUGAUAUCUUGAGAUCCAUCGACCAGGAAGGACCGACUGCUUCUAGUGCAAAAUGGUUCAAUGGUAUUGAUUACCCGACUGAACUUCGAAUAAAACCGCCUAAACUGAACAGAUUCUUCAAAGCAUGUUGGUCAAGUGUCGCUAUUUUGGUGAAGUAUCUGGUGAUGGCCAUCAUUGCGGAGCCUGAAUUUCAGAGAGAGUUCGAGUAUUUUACAAGAGGAUCAAGUGUAUUUUGGCGUGCCCCACUCACAUUAAUGAUGAAUAUGCUAUGGAUAUACUCCAAGACGGUACAAGAUGCUGUUCUGAGGUGGUUCAUAUUUCACAAGCGCCACAACAUCGAACGUCUCUGGAGUGAGGCCAAAGGGGACACUAUCAAUAUCAAAAGAGACAGGGUGGUAAUCCAGAAUCUUGACAGGACAUAUACGGCUUUUAUGCACCCAGAAACUGACGGGUUUAAAAUGGAUAUCUACUCAGGCACACACAAGGUGGAGCCAAAUGAUUCAAAGUUAUUGAAAUAUGUCAAUAUUUACAGUAGUGACAUGCUACUUCAGUCUCGCAAGGAGUUUGCAAAUGGUGAUGUUCUCAACGAAUACCAUUACGACUAUCGCAGCAAAAGCAAGAAAACCCUGUCAAAGGAGGGCUUGGUUAAGAUUCCACUGAGUCGGCGGUGUGUGGAAGGUAAAAAUUACCUUCAGGUUGUUCAGUACAACCAUAAAGGGCUGGUAGAGGCAGGAUCUUAUAUGAAAGACGAAAAUUUAAUUCGCUUCAAGUACCACUAUCGCAGAGGUGCUCGAUCUAGUGAUGAACUGCUUCGCGCAGACUUUGUCUGGGAUUAUAUGAGCUGCACUGCGUCUUGGUGCGCCCCACCGCGUCGUCAUGCUCAUAGUAUUGAGCGAUGGAUCCCUCACUCCAAGAUAACCGAAGCAACUUAUGUUUACGGAUCCGAUGUGUACGAGAGCCGAUGGAUUUAUGAUCACAAAUUCCACCCUACCAUCUCCACUUACCUCAAUGGACAGAGAGUUCAGACACCGCCAAUGAUUGAAUUUGAUCAUCUUGAUGUAUUGGAAAAGCCUCAAAAUACUAGUUUCGUGCACGACAACCCACUUUUAUUUUGCGAUAGCCUUCGAACAAGCUUUAUCUCGCGAUUUCUAGGUUUGACUAAAAGACGAACACCAACAUCAACAUCACGUGCUCGAUCCCUCAUCUGGAAGGCCUGGAAGGAACAAAGUGACUUCGACGGGGUGGUUGUUCGUUGGAUAGACGAGAGAUUACUUCGCGGCAACAAGGUUCUUGCGCCAUAUUGGCGAAGUAGGGACCGUGGAAACUUACUAUCUGCAAGAAAAUAUUUAGAAAAUCAUGCCGAUGCAGUCGUUGCCAGUGCUGAUUUAGAUGGUUCUGUCUCUAGUUGGACGCCUUUGGCAAUCAAAUUGGGUGAUCUCUUCAACUUUGGCGCAGGAGGGGACGCGGUCAACUUGACUCGAUCAAAACAACUUUCAUUUGAUAAUGGAGACAAGCUACAUAUUCUUGCCGCAGAUAAUGGCACCUGGCCUAACGAAGGUGGUGGUGUGUCUGCGUGUCGUCGGGACAUGAUUAACGGCCUCAGGACCAUUAAAUGGCAUAUGAUAUCUGAAUCAGCACACGACUUUGGUAUUCCAAAGCACCAAACCGAAAGAAACAUAAAUUCUUUGAAAAUAGUUCCAUUAUGGGGCUUGGACUUUCUCACGCCUACCCACGGCUUAUUCAAAAACAAGCUAGAUGCUGAAAUCGAUGACUAUACAGACAGUGCUAGUGAUCUCGAUAUCAAGAUGAAUUUCAUUCCCAUCUUAACUGCGAUCGUCAAAAGUGCGCGAGCAAUCUGCCUUUCUCAUGCUGACGUUCAACAAGCGACAAGAGCGUUUGUCAAUCUGAAUACGUAUUUCGAUAGCUUCAGGCAUUGGAGUCAGGUUUGGACAAGUGAAGUUGUUAAGGAGCAAUGGCGUUAUCUCUGGUUGAUGCAAGACAUGCCCAAUGCAGUUCCUUCGCAGCAAUGGUUUGACACGGAACUUCCUACGCUGGGACAAUUAGAUACAGCACUGGAGCUGUGGUAUCGUUAUCUCUUCAUUUUCUCGAUCCCUGUUCCCGAGGAGAUUCCUCCCGUCUUCCAGGCUUCUCACCACAGUGUCAGUGCAACUUAUGGCGUUGUUUGCAAGAUCAAGAGGCAAUGCACCUUACAAAUUUGGGAUCAUGCUAUCAGCUGGCGAGAGACCAAUUUAUGUCUCUCCUCUGCACUAUGCAAGCUUUCACCCUUUGUGAGAAAUGCUCUUCUAGGACUAAUGAGAGUCACUUCGGUACUGAUUCUCCAUCAUGCCGACAUUGUUUCUCCCUGUGCAGAUUUUUUUAAUCCCGGCUGGGAGAUUGAGAUCGGCACUUGCCAAGGGACCCUGGAACACCGUAAUAGAUUCCGCAGAAAAGUAGACCCUGUUGUUAAUGGCAUUACCGACAUGCAGAGAUUCACUCCUGUGAAUGAAAUCAAAUCAGAGAGGCCGACCGUAACCAUGCUAUCCCAUGUGUGGUAUGCGAAAGAUAUCAAAACUGCCAUUCUAGCCGCUGACCUCAUUAUCAACCAAUGGAGAUUUGAUGAUUAUCACUUGGACAUAUAUGGGGCUAUUGACAAGGCUCCAACAUAUUCUACAGAGUGUCAGGAGCUAAUUGCUUCCAAAGGCCUCCGUGGUAGGGUCACCUUGAGAGGUACAGCAAACCCAAUGACGGUCUUGGAGAACACCUGGCUAUUCUUGAAUUCAUCUUUAUCAGAGGGUCUUCCUCUAGCUCUAGGAGAAGCCGCAUUAACAGGGGCACCUGUAGUUUGUACCGAUGUAGGCGCAUCACUCCGGGUCCUGAGCGAUCCUGACGACUUCUCACGCUUUAGCGCUGUUGUUGCUCCAAAUGAUGCACAGGCGCUUGCCAGGGCGCAAAUUCAAAUGUUGGCUAUGAUGGGUGAAUGGAGUCGCUUUGCCGAAGACACCGAGCCUCCCCCAAUUCUGUCGUCCUCUCCUUCUCCGGAUGAAGUUGAAGUCAUUACUCGGAGAAUGUACGAUAAAAAAGAGCAGCGGAGAAAACUAGGUAUGAUGACGAGGAGCAUUGUCCAGAAGUCGUUCAGCGGAGAUAGGUAUCUUCGAGAGCAUGAACAAAUGUUGUGGGUCGGCAAGAGCCUCAAGAAGAGUUUCUCACAGGGUAAAAAUUUCCACAGUAGACCUGAGUCUGCAAGCGAGACAAGUCAAGCAAUAACAGCGGUAGAAGAGCACAUAAUCACAGCUCCUCCCAACGCCAUAAUUUCAGGUCGAUCAUCAAUGUCAGGAGUAGUGACACCCACCACAAUAGCAACAGACCUUCCUCGCAACUCUACUUUCCGAGGUGAUACUAUAUACUCCCGCAAUAGCGGCACUCCAAGCCUGUCGUCGAUGGAAUCUAGCGCCAACCGUCAUUUGCGUUUACCGGGAUUUGCGCCGCCACGGGGAGGACUCCCUACAACACUACUUAACGAGAAGAAAAGGAGUCUACCAGCAAGAUUAAGACGCGAAGAUCUCCGACAGUACCGGAAUUCUGAUUUGAGUAUGAUUUUACGUGAUGGUUUUUUGAGUCCAAAUUCUAAGGGACGUGUGGAAUAUUGCUAGCCGUUACAUAUAGAAUUUUAUCUGCAAGUCUCUUUCGUAAUUUUGAUAUUUUGCUUGCUUGACAUGAUAAUCACAUGAAUUUCGGGAAUAUAAG